GAGAUCUACUACAGCUGCAGCUAUGGCUCCUACAAUCACCACUACAGCAGAUCACCCAAAGGACUACAUGAGUCUCCCCCACAAGGUGAGGAAACCGAUUGUGGAGAAGCUGCGCAGAGAUCGCAUCAACAACAGCAUCGAGGAACUCAAGGCUCUCCUGGGUCCACAGCUCCAGAACCAGCAGCCCGAGUCCAAGCUGGAGAAAGCCGACAUCCUGGAGAUGACCGUCUGCCUCCUGAGACAACAUCUCCAGCAAAAGAAUUCCCCAUCUGUUUCGAACGCGGCCAGCCAAGGUUACUCAAGGUGUGCUGAAGAGACCAUUCACUUCCUGUCCAGGGACCCCUUGAACCCACAGUCCCGUGCCAAACUGCUGACCCAGUUGCAGACAUUCCUGCAAUCACCCAGUGAUGUCCGCAGAGGGGAGAUGGUCCACCACGACUUCCACUCCACUGUUCUGGGGAAAGAUACGAAACCAGAGCCGUCAAAGAGCAGCCCCUGGAGGCCAUGGUAGAGCACUGCAUCCAGACUGACACCUGACCAUACUGGUUGAAGUUGAAGAUGCAAUCUCAAGGACAAUUGUUCAUUUCAUAGAAGAUUUUUUUUUCAAGAAGAAAAGUAUUCUUUUGCAUUUUCUUCUGCCAAUUAUUGUCUUCUGUGAAGACCAAAACUCAUCUGACUUCCAUGGAAGAUAGAAUUUUCUCUUCUACUUGACCUAAGGGUCUUUUUCUGAAGUUACU